AUGGACAUCAAGAAACUUUACAAUAUGACUAGAAACUGGCAAGGCGAUCCAUGUGUCCCAAGUAAUUACUCAUGGGAUGGUUUGAACUGCAGUGAUGACAAUCAUCCAAGGAUCAUCUCACUAUAUCUUUGCAGUAAUGUAAGUGGGAACAACCUCACAGGUUCAGUUCCUGAGGCUCUUCUGCAGAAGUUUAGGAGUGGGAAAUUGGUCUUGAGUGUUGGCGAAAAUCCAGAUCUUUGUCUGUCAGUUCCAUGCAAGAGAAAGAAGAAAAAGGAGUUCGUUGUUCCAAUUGUUGCAUCGUCUGUAGCAGUAGUCGUGGUCCUUCUUUUCAUCUUUAGUGCUCUGGUUAUCUAUAAGAGGAAAAGAAAAGGAGAUAUGGUUACCAAAUCCAACUUCAAAUCAAAGAAUCAACAGUAUAGCUACUCAGAGGUUGUGAGCAUAACUAGUAACUUCAGAACCAUCAUUGGAGGACGAGGAUUUGGAAAAGUGUACCUUGGCAAAUUGAAAGAUGAAACUCAAGUUGCUGUUAAGUUGCUUUUUGCUUCAUCAAACCAAGGCUAUAAGGAAUUUCGAGCAGAGGCACAACUUUUAAUGAUAGUUCAUCAUAGAAACUUGGUUUCUCUUGUUGGAUACUGUGAUGAGGGUGUGAAAAAGGCACUCAUAUAUGAGUACAUGGCAAAUGGCAAUCUGCUCCAACAUUUAUCAGUGACGAAUACAAGUGUCUUAACUUGGAAUGAGAGAAUUCAUAUUGCAGUAGAUGCAGCACAUGGGUUGGAGUAUCUACAUAAUGGUUGCAAGCCACCUAUAAUCUAUAGAGAUUUGAAACCUUCCAACAUUUUAUUGAAUGAACACAUGCAAGCCAAGAUAGCUGAUUUUGGGCUGUCUAGAGCCUUUGCAACUGAAAAUGACUCUCAUGUGUCAACUCGCCCAGCUGGUACAUUGUGAUACAUUGAUCCUGAGUAAGUGUCUACUGAUUUGAUAUGCAUUUUUUUUUAAAAUAAUUAAAAAUUAAAAAUUGCAGCAAGAGUUA